UAUUACUAACUUCACCAAGUUUCCAGCUGUUGGACAGAAUCUUACAUACUGGUGUCGAUAUCCAAAUUAUACUCUGAUAAACAAAUUCAUCUGUAAGGGAGAAGAUCCAUCUAUAUGUGAGCCUCUAUUAAGCACACAGCAAAACAAGACCAUUGGGAGGUUUUCUAUGAUGGAGGAACAAGAUAAGAGAAAUAUCACCAUAACAGUGAGAAAUGUAACAACAGACGACACUGGGACAUACUGGUGUGGAGCAGAAAGUACUGACAAAACACACAGCAACAAAUUCUUCCACAAACUGGUGAUGACUGUCGUAUCACCAGCAGUAUCAACAGCAAUGUCACCGACAUUAUCCACAUCUCUGGUUUCUUCAAACCAGUCAACUACUGCGUCUGCAGAGAAUUGUGGUGACCGUCAGGUCGUCAUUACUGUGAUCGUCUGUGUAGCUGUGCUGCUGCUGUUUGUGCUGAUUUUGAUCUACAAACGAUUUUCACAUUUAAAGAACACAAGAAAUGGAGCAGCAGCACAGCACAAACAGGAUCAUGUCUAUGAGGAGAUACAGCAGCACAUCCAGACACCAGACCCAGGAAAUAAGAUAGACACGAUUUAUGCCACUGCCACCUUUCCCACAAACCCGUCUGCCUCGCUGCAUUACUCUACCAUCAACUUCCAAAGCAGCUCUGACAGAGUUAGUGGUGAGGCAGUGACCUUCAAACCCAGCUCUGUUGCCUGCAAAUAUUCUCUUUUGAAGCAAAAUCCAGCCUACUGUACUGUCGACCUGCCGUCCAGCUCUUCAGAGGAUCCUGUCUACGCAACAGUCAACAAGCCACAGCAGCACUGAGCAAAGAUCAGCACUGUUAGGAAUUUAUGACAUUUACUACAUGGCCAAAAUUUCAGGUCAUUCAUUUCUGAUGUAGUUGUUUACAAUGAAUCCAGCUCAGACUUCAUGAACUUCACCAAGAUAUUCAGAUGUUGGACCUUGUUGACUUAACAUCUCAUCUCUUUCAUUUCUCUGCUGAUGAUACCUUGCUUUAACUUUAACAGGAUACUAUCUGUGUAUCUGACCACAUUCAAACUUGAAAACCAAUGUUUCUUUCUUAGUUUUUGCCUUCGUUCUGAUUUCUCUUGUUGUAUUUGCUAGUGUCAUGUAACUGUGUUCAUUACUGCACCUAUUUAUUUGUGUUGGGAAAUGUU